UCUAGUUAUUGAAGCUGACGUCGGCACAUGUGCACGUGCGCGGGAUACUAUCGAAUGCUCACAAAUUGACUGCCGCCAUCAAAAACAGCUCUCAUAAAACAUCACAGAUCCGUCGAGUGAGUCAUCGAUCAACUCCCAACAAACCUCGACGAAAUUACGAAAGAUUCAUAAUAUCAUUUGCUUCGUAUCAUAACAUCAAGAUGACUGAAAUGGUAGAGACAGUCGCUCAAUUUUCCCGUCUCCUAGGUGGAGGCGGAGGAGGAGAUGGAGAUGCCUAUGGAGAAGAAGAACAUUUUGGUGUCCACAUUGCCUACACGGAUCUCUAUGCAGCUCUUGUCUUCCUUGCUGCCAUCUACACCGGGGGUCUUGCAGUUUCUCGUUUCUUGGGAAUGCCCUCCUUGGUUGGCGAAAUAUUCGUGGGUAUUGCCAUGGGACCAAACCUUCUUGACUUUGUGCCUUAUGAAGAAUCCUUUGUGUUGCUUGGAGAAAUCGGACUGAUUCUCCUGGUCCUUGAAGCCGGUGUUGAUAUUGACUUGACAACCUUGAGGCUCAUUGGAAGCCGCGGUUUGGCCAUUGCCCUCGUGGGUACCUUUCUUCCCAUCCUGCUGGCCUAUGGUAUUGCCUUUGCCCUCGGGUACCGUGGUGCAGCUGCACUCGCUGCUGGCUGUACCUUUGCUCCAACUUCCCUUGGUAUUGCCAUGAAUGUCCUCCGAAGAACUGGUAUUGUCAACACUCCCGUUGGACAGCUCAUUGUUGCUGCUGCAAUUAUUGAUGACAUGGUUGCUUUGGUGAUCCUCUCUCAACUUCAAGCGUUUGCCGCAGAGGAUGCUUCAACCAUCGAUAUGGUGAUUCCUAUUGUCAGCGCCAUGGGAUUCCUUGUAGUUGGAGGAGCCCUUGCUGUAUUCGUCCUGCCCAAGUUCCUCAACCGUUUCAUCCUGGACCCAAUUGGUCAACCAGGGGACCCCAACCGAGACUGGACGUCCAUGGCCAUUAUGCUCAGUCUUCUGCUGGCUUUAGUUCCUUUGACCUACUAUUGCAAGGCUUCUCCACUCAUGGGUGCCUUCAUUGCUGGUCUUGUCUUUUGCUCAGAUCAUGGAACCCACCACAUGUUUGUCCAUCAAUUCAAGCGUGUCAUGCAAUGGCUAUUGCGGAUCUUCUUUGCUGCCAGUAUUGGUUUCCAAGUCCCAUUUGGAAAGUUCGGGAAUCCCAAAGUCUUGAUGCAAGGAGCCUUCUUCACUCUUGCACUCUUGGGAAAAGUUGGUGUUGGUUUUAUGGUCCCGAAUUUCCAAUUGGGGACCCGUCGCUUCAAAAUGACACAUCUCCGUGAUUGCCUUGUGGUUGGUUUCAGCAUGGCUGCCGAAGGUGAAUUUGCCUUUGUCAUUGCCGUCUUUGCUGUGUCCAAUGGCAUGAUCGAUCAAGAAUUGUACGCCGCCGUAGUCCUAGCGGUCUUGGCCAGUACCAUUGUUGCUCCCUUCUGCCUGGAAACCAGCAUUUCCUACUUCAACAAAAAGGCCGAAACAGCCGUUCUCGGAGGCGGCCAGGACGAUCCCAACUCUCUUCUAGAAAAGGGCAUCCGCGAACGAACUGCCGUCUUUUACACCAUUCAGACCAAGAGUCAGCCAGGCUGGGGGUUGCAGACGACAAUUGUGGAAGAGUUAACAAAGCUCAAUCUGGAUGUCAUUGACCAUCGUUCCUGGCAUCCUCGUCAAUCCGCAGAUCAGCAAGUCACUCUGGUCAAUGAAGUGUAUGUCAAGGAUGAUGACCUUACAGCCGGGAACAUCGAUGACACGGAAGCCCAGAGACGAAUCGAAGACAGAGAAAGUAGUAUUGCCGACGGUCUUACCAGGGCGAUCAACCAGCCGAGUGCCGUGGUCAAGGUCCAACGUUGGUAUCCUGAGAUUGAUGAUGGCACCGACAAGAGCAUUAGUGAACAUGUGUUGCAAGCCACUUCCAAAGCCUUUGACAUGUCCAUGAGGGAGCACGGAGGACAACCUGCACCAACCGCGUCGCAUGCUCCUCCUGUCCAGGACAUUUACGAACGAAUGGACGGUGAAUACAUGGGCACUACUAGCCACGUAAUGAACAUCAGGCGUAUGAAGCAAAUCAAGCAUCUCGAUGCCAUGUUCAAGGGUCGGUUGGAAGGUCUGUUCCGACGCGACACUCCCGCUAUCCGUCGGGUUCAUACCAUGACUACAGAUGAUGGCGGUGCCAUUGAGCUGUUGGAUACACGCGGUGUCAGUACCGGGCGACGGGAACAGCGUGAACGUUACGAUGUCCAUGGCAUGGAAUACUAAAUGAGACGAAUGUUUAGAUCGAAUGCAGUGGUGAGGUGGUUGUGACCCAUCUAAUACAUAUCUAUGAACGGUUCUUCCUGUUUCCUUACAAGGGGAGAAAUUGAAAGCAGAUUAUUGUUGUGUAGUAUAUAAAGAAUAAAGAAGCUUAAUUGACUGUUUU